CAGUUUUCUCCUUGGUUAACCGAGCGACUCUAUGAUUUGUCUAAAUAACUGUCCUAUCGCUACUAAUCCGAUUCCUAUAUCCCCUCCGGUUGUGACGGCUCCACGGUCCCCGGUCGCUUCCAGUUGCUUCGAAUUGUGACGAUGCAACCUUCCAAACCCCGUCGGAAGGUUGUUCCGGCGAACGGUGAAGACUCUGCUGACAAAUUGGACCAGCUCCUUCUCUCAUCCGCCAUCUGCAACAACGAAGACUUGGGGCCAUUUGUUCGCAAGGCUUUUGCUUCCGGAAAGCCCGACUCCCUUCUCCACCACCUCCGCCACUUUGCCCGCUCCAAAGAAUCCGAGAUCGAGGAGGUCUGCAAGGCGCACUACCAGGAUUUCAUCCUCGCUGUUGAUGACCUUCGAUCCCUCUUGUCAGACGUGGACUCCCUCAAGUCGGCCCUCUCUGACUCCAACUCCAAACUUCAGUCCGUUGGUCGCCCACUCCUCUCUUCCCUUGAUGCCUUCGUGGAAACUCGAAACGUGUCUAAAAACGUUAAUCUCGCACUCGAAUCUGUGCGAACUUGUAUUCAGUUGAUGGAAGUUUGCUCCAGAGCCAACCGUCAUCUGUCCGGCGAUAAUUUUUACAUGGCUUUGAAAUGCUUAGACACGAUUGAGAGGGACUAUUUGGACAAGACGCCGUCUUCUACGCUGAAGAGGAUGCUGGAGAACAAGAUCCCGGAGAUUCGUUCCCAUAUAGAGAGGAAGGUGAGCAAGGAGUUUGGGGACUGGCUGGUAGAGAUUCGAGUCGUGAGUCGUAAUUUGGGUCAAUUGGCGAUCGGUCAGGCCUCUGCAGCGAGGCAAAGAGAAGAGGAUCUAAGGAUUAAGCAGCGUCAAGCGGAGGAACAAAGUCGGCUUAGCGUGAGGGACUGCGUUUAUGCUCUGGAGGAGGAGGACGAGGAAGGGCUCGCUGUUGGCGGUGUUGGGAUUGGAGAAGAAGGCAAGGAUGGAUAUAACAAUGGCGGAGCCAUCCUAGGAUUUGAUUUGACACCGCUAUAUAGGGCUUACCAUAUACACCAGACAUUAGGACUAGAAGAUCGGUUUAAACGCUAUUAUUUUGAAAACCGAAAGCUUCAGUUAACAUCGGACUUCCAGGUAUCGUCGAUGACUCCUUUUCUUGAAUCCCAUCAGACUUUUUUUGCGCAAAUUGCGGGUUUCUUUAUAGUUGAGGAUAGGGUCUUGAGGACAGGUGGGGGUUUGAUAUCAAAAAUGGAAGUUGAGAACUUGUGGGAAACUGCUGUAAGCAAAAUGUGUUCUGUGUUAGAGGAUCAGUUCUCCCGAAUGCAAACUGCUAAUCAUCUUUUGCUCAUUAAAGACUAUGUGAGUCUACUAGGAGUAACCCUGCGAAGAUACGGGUACCCCAUUGAUGCGCUGCUUGAUGUUUUGAGCAAGCAUAGGGAUAAAUACCAUGAGUUGCUGUUAUCGGACUGCCGUAAACAGAUCGCCGAGGCGCUAGCAGCUGAUAAGUUUGAGCAGAUGUUGAUGAGGAAAGAGUACGAGUAUUCUAUGAAUGUGCUUUCCUUUCAAAUACAAACAUCGGAUAUCGUACCUGCUUUUCCUUACGUAGCACCCUUUUCAUCAACAGUUCCAGAUUGUUGCCGCAUUGUGCGGUCUUUUAUUGAGGAUUCCGUGAGCUUCAUGUCAUAUGGUGGGCAGCUAGAAUUUUUUGAAGUUGUUAAGAAAUAUUUAGAGAGACUUUUAAGCGAAGUUCUGGACGGGGCUUUAUUGAAGCUUAUUAGUACAUCAGUUCAUGGUGUCUCCCAGGCGAUGCAAAUAGCAGCAAAUAUGGCUGUCUUGGAGCGUGCUUGUGAUUUUUUCUUCCGCCAUGCUGCACAGCUUUCAGGGGUUCCCUUGAGAAUGGUGGAGAGAAACAGGAGGCAGUUCCCCUUGAGCAAAGCUCGUGAUGCCGCAGAAGAGACGCUCUCUGGACUGCUUAAAGCUAAGGUUGAUGGAUUCAUGACCUUGAUUGAGAAUGUAAAUUGGAUGGCUGAUGAAGCACCUCAGAGUGGGAAUGAGUAUGCAAACGAGGUCAUAAUAUAUUUGGAAACUCUAGUUUCAACAGCUCAGCAGAUAUUACCGGCUCACGUCCUUAAAAGGGUCCUGCAGGAGGUUCUUUCUCACAUAUCAGAGAAGAUAGUUGGGGCUUUAGCAAGUGAUUCUGUCAAGCGGUUUAAUGUGAGUGCCAUCACAGGGAUUGACGUGGAUAUCAGGCUUUUGGAAUCAUUUGCGGAUAAUCAGGGUCCCCUUUUCUCAGACGGGGAUAUUGAUCAGUUAAAAAUGGCACUUGCUGAGUCAAGGCAGUUAAUCAAUUUGCUUUUAAGCAAUCAUCCAGAGAACUUCCUGAGCCCGGUGAUCAGGGAGCGGAGUUACAGUGCCUUGGACUACAGGAAAGUAGUAACUGUAUCAGAAAAGUUAAGGGACCCUUCAGAGCGACUCUUUGGAACCUUUGGUAGUCGGGGAGCGAGGCAGAAUCCCAAAAGAAAAUCAUUGGAUACAUUAAUAAGAAGACUUAAAGAUGUUAGCUGAUUGAGGUCAGAGUUGUAUGUAAGAUCCUUACACUGAUUAUUUUUCCUUUCUGUUUCAACCCGUUUUUAUUUUUAUUUGAGCUGCCUAAUAUUAUUUCCGAAAUGAAUUAAGGAUAAAGCCUGCUUGUCACUUCCUUGUGCAAAUCUUGUUCGAAAUAUUCCACUGUUA